AAGACUCCUGCGUGCAUUCGAGUGUGUGCGUGUAUGUGUCCGGGUAUAUAGCAGCUGGCGUGCCCGUCAUUAUGCCGCGUUUCGGCAUCUCGAUUUUCUGACUAGGCAACUUUUCUCUUACUCUAUAAAGGAAAAGCCGAUACAAACGAGCUCCAAUUCAUUUUCAGAAUCAAGCAAGAAUCUAUUCUUACAAACACAAUUUUGUAACCUCAAAAUGCCGCAAUACUCAGUAAAAGUUAAGUGGGGCAAGGAGCUGUUUCCCAAUGUAGAAGUUAAUACUGACGAAGAGCCAAUGCUAUUCAAAGCCCAAUUGUUUGCACUCACCGGAGUUCAACCGGAGAGACAAAAGGUUAUGCUCAAGGGAAUGACUCUUAAGGACGAAGACUGGGGCAAUAUUAAGCUUAAAGAUGGUGUGACAGUACUGAUGAUGGGAUCAAAAGAAGAAGAUGUGCCACGGGAGCCAACUGUGAAGCCAGUAUUUAUGGAGGAUAUGAGCGAGGCUGAAAUAGCAACGAGUUUAGAUCUUCCAGCGGGUCUCACUAAUCUUGGGAAUACUUGUUAUCUCAAUGCGACCGUUCAAUGUUUGAAGACUGUACCACAAUUAAGAGAAGCACUGAGAGGAUAUUCCGGUGGUUUCGCAGCGCCGGGUAGUACAGUGAAUGUACCUGCUCUCAGUAUCACAGCAGCACUUCGUGAUCUUUAUGAAUCUAUGGACAAAGGAGCCUCUCUCCCACCUGUUGUACUUGUGCAAAUGAUGCAUUUGGCGUUUCCGAGAUUCGCGGAGAAGGCUGAAAAUGGUGGGUUUCAACAGCAAGAUGCCAAUGAGUGUUGGACCGAGCUCAUACGCAUGUUGCAACAGAAAUUACCUCCUAAGGAAAAUAAAGUCGCUUCAACGUCGGAGAGUAGUGGCCAAGUUUCAAAACCAAGAUCUUUUAUAGAGCAAUAUUUUGGUGGCAGCUUUGACACAGAAUUAAAGUGCGUCGAAGCGGAGGAUGAACCACCCACCAAGGGAAAAGAAGACUUUUUGCAAUUGAGUUGUUUCAUCUCAACAGACGUGAGAUAUAUGCAUUCCGGUUUGCGAAACAAGAUGCAGGAACAAAUUACAAAAAUGUCUGAAACUCUCGGACGCGAUGCGGUCUACACGAAAACGUCAAAAAUCAGUAGGCUGCCAGCUUAUCUUACUAUCCAGUUUGUUCGUUUCUUCUACAAAGAGAAAGGAGCGAUAAAUGCGAAAAUUCUCAAAGACGUUAAAUUUCCGAUGGAGUUUGACGCUUUUGAUCUCUGCACGAACGAACUUCAGCAGAAACUUACGCCGAUGCGUGAAAAGUUCAAGGCCCUUGAGGACAGUCAGGUCGAAGAGUCGCUCGACAAUUUAAAGGACCAGAGGGCCAAGGACAAAGCUGCUAAAGAGAAUGAGAAAAAGAAAAACGUCAAACAAGAACCUUUUUGGUUCGAAGAUGAUUUAGGUUCCAACAACAGCGGUUAUUACACCUUGCAAGCUGUUUUGACCCAUCGAGGACGAUCGAGCAGCAGUGGUCAUUAUGUGGCCUGGGUACGACAAAAGGCAGACACGUGGUUGAAAUGUGAUGACGACGUCGUUAGUAUGGUCACGACAGAAGAAGUUCUGAAGCUGAGCGGUGGUGGCGAUUGGCAUUGCGCUUACGUUCUUCUCUACGGACCAAAAAUUUUGGAAACACCGUUACCGGAAGAAAGCGAAUAAUUGCGUGGACUGCUUCAUGGACUGUGCGACAUUUAUUUCGUUUUCUUGCAAAAAUCGAACGUUUUUUGUUACAAAGAAGUUGGAGAAGUUAAUUAUUAAAAAAUCAUAGAAAGAGAAUUUGCGAACGUGGAUUGGGGGCUGAACAUGAUCGAGACAUGUUGAACAGUGAGAAUAAAUGUGCGAUUAUGUUAUGUCACAUAAGACAUGAAUCGAAUAAAAAAAAUUGUAAACUUUUUCUACGGAAAGAUCAGCGAGAUGGACGAACGAGGAGAUUGUGAAAUUUCAUUAUGGCGCAUGUCAAAGUUUUCUUUUUUAAAAUUAAAGUAAUUCAUAUUAUUUAACAAAGGAAA